AUGAAUUUGCACUUGGAGAAGGAGGUAAGAGAGUUGACCAAGCAACGUGAUCUUGCUCAAUCUCGGGUCAAGGAUCUGCUAGGGAUGAUUGGAAACGAUCAAGGUUCAGGACAAUCGGCAGGAAUCAAUUACCGUGAUAAACGAGCAGGGGAUUCAUGGGAAGAUGACUAUUCAGAUUCAGAGUCAUCAUGUUUGACUGAUUCUAAUCAAUUUGAUAAGUGUAUUAGAAAAUUUAAUCCAGUCCAUCAUUAUGACAGAGAGAGGAGGCAUCAUCACGAGCCUUCGAACAAUCACGAAGAUCAUUCCAUGACUGAUGAAAACUGCAAGGAGGUUCAAUGUAUUGACACAGAUGGAACGGGCAGGGGAAAUAAUGAUUCUGAAUCUCGUACCAUACCAAAUGGUGCUAGUGAAGGACAAUUGGCACUGACAUUAAAUGGAUAUGUGGAUGUGGUUGGUCAGGAAACAAUGUCUACCCCUAUGACUGGAGACAGAGAAGCGAAUCAUAUUCAAGAAAGCCUGAAGUUUAGUAGGGGCAGGAGUUGUGGGGCAGAUGUCAUGGGUGUUACAUCUUCAUAUAUGGACAGAGAACAUAUAGAAAGCACCCCCUCUAAUGGGUUUGAGAAAAGCUUUCCCAGAAGACCAGACGGUUACAAAAUGAAAAUUCCUUCAUUAAAUUAUGGUGCCUAUAGAGGGAUGCACUCCAGGAAUGAUUCUCUGUCUUCUCUUGGGAGUGCUUCAAUCCAAACUUCUGCCGAUGAGCAAAUUACUAGCAUCCAUAAUUUUGUUGCUGGACUGAAGAAACAACUUGACAAUGGUCAGGUUCAGGGCACUGGCCUAGAAGCAGGUGAGUCUGGAAGAGGGUUGGAUCCAAUGCAAGAAGCACCGGGCACUCCUGCGGAUUGGCCACUGGAAUUUGAGAGGCUGCAGAGAGCCAUAGUCGAACUUUGGAAAGCUUGCCAUGUUUCCUUGGUUCACAGAACAUAUUUCUUCCUCCUAUUUAAAGGUGAUCGAACUGAUUCAAUUUACAUGGAGGUGGAGCUUAGGAGACUUACCUUCCUCGAGGAAACAUUUUCUCAGGGAAAUCAAGCUGUAGAAGAUGGUCACACUCUCACACUGGCUUCGAGUGUGAGAGCUCUUCGCCGUGAGAGGCAGUCCUUGGCCAAACUGAUGCGGAAAAGGUUUUCAGAAGAAGAAAGAAAGGACCUAUAUCAGAAGUGGGGCAUUAAGUUGAACUCGCAGCAGAGAAGGCUGAAUCAGCUGUGGAGCAAUGACAAGAAUAUGAAUCACGUCACGGAGAGUGCUGCCGUUGUCGCGAAGCUGAUCAGGUUCGUAGAGCAGGGACAUGCCCUCAAGGAAAUGCUCGGGCUUAGCUUUACUCCACCGCAGACCAGACGGAGAUACUUUAGUUGGAAAAACAGCAUGGCAUCCCUUAUAUGAACCUGCACACAGCCAUAGAGGUAAUUUCUUGAAAGUCAUAUGCCAUGAUGUAGCAUUGUUGUAGUGAUUGAAAUUUUUAUCAGAUCGCAAUGACCAUCAGAUAGAAUGGUGUAUGAAUGUAAAUCUUAAGCCAAAAACUGGCUUGAUGAAAUUGCCCGCGGUGGAUUCGGGUUUUGGGUGUAUUUAU